AACAUGAAUUCGCUGGCUUUUAUUUUCACUCUUAUUCCUUGUUCGCUGUCACUUUUCUGUUGGUUUUAUUUUGGGGUUUAUCGGUUGUUCUCUGUGGUAGUGUUUCUAUGUUCUCGUGUUCGGUUGUUUUGUAUUCUUUGUCGGUUAGUUCAAUAGAGGGGGUGUUUGUAAUUUUUCAAAAUAAAAGUGUGUACAAGGGGUUCAGCGGAUCCCAGCGGUAAACGUCGAACCAAGAAGAAAAAUACAGUGGACAUCACGAUUGGCAGACGGAAGAGUUUGUUAGAGCGAUACGAGUGUGAAAAGAGCGAGAGCGGACGGCGCGGAGACGGAGCCUCCAAAACGCACGCAAUGCUGGUGAAGUGGAAGUGAACAUAUGAAAAAGUGCUGAGCCAAGCAGCAGCUAACACAACAGCAGUAGCAUAAGUUGGUCUUCAAGUUCAUAUUGCAGCAGCAGCAACUUCAAUUGAUAUCAAACCAGCAACAUUAUCAAUAUCAACAAUAGCCAACCAUACGCCAUUAAUAAUAACAUAAGCUUUUUGCUAGGAGCUGAGUUUUUAUUGCAAUUCUAAAUCAAGCAAACAAUUUGUUUCAAAUUAACUCUACACGGCUACUCAAACUCAUUCAAAAAAGUGUGUUAUAUCGACACAAUGGUAUCUACACGACAAAUGGCCACAAGUAGUGGCAAUGGCCCACUAAAUCACAAUUCCACCGCUGUAGAUUCCGCUCGAUUUCCUGCAAUUGCCGCACACACUCAACGUGGGAUCGUAGGAGCACCCACAAUAUCCUCGAUCAUUGCUACGAACUUAGCCGCUUUUGCGACUCGUCAAUGUGCUCAUCAUCAGAAUCAUCAUCAGUUGGUUAAAUUGAGUGACACCACUACUGACGCAAAUGAAAACACAGAAGACCCCGUGCAGCUACUUGAUUUGCCUAAUGAAAUUUUAGCAAAAAUAUUUGCUUAUGUGGGUUAUCGAAAAGUUGGUCAACUGAGAGUGGUUUCUCGCAAAAUGAACGAUGUUUGCAUGGAUAUUUUGAACUCAACCUUUUCACGUCUUAUUACGCAAACAUAUAACCGUUUUCACGCCAUUAAAGCGAACAUGCCGCGUCGUGAAUCUGCGCGUCGCAACCAUCCAUUGGCUUGCGAAUGCGAUAUCAUUGAAACGUGUUACAUGCGCCUGUCGCUGCUGCAAAUGACUUUUGGUAAACAUAUCGAGCGUGGCCACUGUAGUUUCUUUCCUGGAGCCAUUUUAGAUGAAGUAUAUAAUAUUUUAAUUUAUAUAAGAAAUACGCCGCGCCUUGAGCGUCCUUAUCGGGUUACCGAUGAGCUAUUUGAUCUCUCCACAAUGGCCAUGGAAUACUUCAGGGAUCGCAUUGAGCAAACUUUGCCUGAUAUUGCUUGCUAUAAGGAUUUUUACAAAUUACCCACCACCACAAAAAGACCUGCUUUGGUUGCAUCCGUUGAUGUUGAUAGCUCCUCGACGUCACCACCUCAAAGCAAUAUGGUAUUGCGUAAAGGUAUACGCAAAAUCAAGCAGGGUAUGAAAAUUUAUAACAAUCAGUUGUCGGUAUUACGUAAUGAGCUGCGUACCUGUAAGCGAAAAUCGUCGGAGCAGGGUAAGCAAAUUGCCGAACAACAAAAAUUAUUGGCGGAACAGCAGAAACAGACGUUGGAGUAUGCCAAUCGGAUGGACGAGAAUGAUAAGAAAAAUGAAGAGAUGGCACGCAAGUUCUCCACUUUGUUGCAGGAAUUAAAUAAGUGUAAAACUGAAUUGCAAUAUUGGCGUUCCAAGAGCCCAGCCAUUCCAAUUUGUACAUCAUGCGGCCAGAGGCUUGCGCCUAUGUUGCCGCCCCCUGAGGAUUUCCAAGCAUUGAUCAAUCAAGGUGUUAAGCCAGAGGACAUAAUUCUCAACUUGAGCGACGACACAGACAUCGAAAACGAUAUCACCAUGCAUGAUUCCAAUGGAACAUCGAUAGAAGUAUCAACACCAUCGCCUCAACCGUCAGUUUUCGCUUUUCCUGAUAAAGAAACUACCACCAAAUUAUUGGCUGCCAGCAGUACAGUGACUAAAAAUCAGCUCAAGCGUCAGCAUUUCAGUGCCAGUACAUUGUCCAACACCAUUGGAAAUGCAUGCAAUGAGGGCGGUAGCAACAGUGUAUUUAAUAUUUAUGCCACUGGAAGUCAUAAUAAUAGCAACAGUAACUGUUGCAACUGUCAGCGCAAGGGUAGUGACAAUCAGGCGGGAGCACUUCCAACGGCAGGCAGCGGCGUUCUGUUGGAAUUUGGUAGCGCCAUUGACGCUGAUGAUAGCAGCAUUGAUGCAGUUGACCAGUUGUUGCCAAGCGAAAUGACAAAUCGCUUGAAUUAUGUGCGUUGCAGCAACAUAAUACGCACGACUGCAAGCAACAGCCACACUUUGUACAACCUGCAACAAGAGAAGCAACAAAGCAAUGCAUUGACUUCAGUAACUAAACCUAUUGGAGACGUUGCAAACUAUGAGCCGACAGGGAUGACUACACCAGUGAUUUUCGCCGGCAAUGAAAAUGCAAUCAGCACGAAGUUGGCGCAAGUGGGUGGCCGUUCGCAUAGGAGCGUGAUUGUUAGUCCGGCCAUGCUUUCAGCCACUAAGAGUAGCGGCAGCGGCAGCAGUUUGCAACACGGGUUAAGCGGAGCUUGUAAUGCAGUUGGAGCAGGUUUAGGUUCUGAAAAUAAGUGUGGCCCGUCUACAUUACUGGCUGGGACUGCAGAAGGCUGUGGUGGUUGUGGCGGCAAACAGAUUGCCGAGGAGACGGCUGUGGAGCAUGUCGUUAGCUUGCAGGGCAUUACGUCGCACGAGACAAAAAAAGCACGUAGAGUACAAAAAACCACGAGAUGUUUAAAUGGUAGUGGUAAACGCAGUAAAUAAUAAUAUAAUAUUUUAAAUGUAACACUUUUA